AUGCCUCGCCAUCACCUCCUCCGAAGACACCCCGCGCCGGUCCCAGAAACAAACUCCAACGAACCCCCACAGCAACAAAGAAGCAGAUCGCGACUGGGCCAUGGAUCUGCUCAACAACAAUUUCAGACGCCCCCGUCGCGGAAUAUCCCCCAAUUGCAUCCUUCAUCUGGACAUGUCGAGAUGGCAGAGGCCGCUCCCGCCCACCCUGGUGCCGCUGCGCAAGCUGCGCUGUUUUCUCUGUUCGGGCGGGGAGUUUCUGGCCGUCAGCGAGGGCAGAUGAUGGAUGAGGACGGACAAGAUGACGAAGAAGAUAUGGGCGAAGAGGAGGAGGAGGAGGAGGUAGAUCAGAGUUAUGAAAUGGACCAUCGGCGUCUAGACCUGGAGCCAGAGGAGGAAGAGAGGGAUUUCUCCGCAGAGGAGAUGGAAGGCAUGGCUGGCGAGGAGUUGGAAGGCGAAGAAGACGAAGAUGAACUGAUGCACGAUCGGGACAGAUCACCCUCGCCGCUACCGAGCAACCUCCGCGAAAUAUCCUCCCUAGCCUCGUGGACCGUCUCGACACACAAGCCAGGCUGCGGUGUCGCAGCCCUCCGUCACCCCUCAUCCACCCAGUACUGGCAAUCCGACGGGCCGCAACCGCACAUGCUAACCCUGCAUUUCUUCAAGCUUGUCGCAGUGGUCAAAAUCCGCGUCUACCUCGACUUCGAGAUGGACGAGAGCUACACACCUACCAAGAUGGUAUUCCUAGCCGGCAUGGGCGGCAACGACCUGGUGGAGUUCGCAACAUGGGAAGGCGAAGGGCCCUGCGGCUGGGUCGAUAUACCUCUGGAAGGGGUGGGAGGCCGAGACGGCGGCUGGGUCCGGAGGCGACGGCGGAAGCGCACGCGGACCCGUCUCCAGGACGGCAAGGGCAAGGGAAAAGGAAAAUCCAAGGGCGUCGCGUGGCCAGACUAUAUGUUUUCGGACUCAGAGAACCCGGUUGAAUACGACGAAGCGGCUUACGACUACGACGACGGUGAAAGUGCCAGCGAGGACGACGAAGACGACCCGUAUGCGGGGAAUGUGCUGAAAGCCAUGGUGAUCCAGAUGCGCGUGACGGAGAACCAUCAGAACGGGAAGGAUACGCAUGUGCGCGGAUUCCAGGUGUUUGCGCGCGACGACGAUCGGCGACGCAUUGGCAAUGCCCCCUCCGCCUCUGCGGAUGGACGGACCCGAAGGCACAGUGCUCGACGGUCCCUUCGUGGAAGUCUCAACGAUGGUGGGGCUGAGGGACGCAAUCCCAAUGGGGACACUGACGGGGGUAGGGUCGGUGGCCUGGAGGAGCCGGACUGGAUGGGGGAGCCUGUAAUACGAUAG